CGCCCGCACCCGCUCCGCUCCGCAGCGGGCGCUCGGCUCGGCGCCCCCCAAAGCCGCCCGCGCUGAAGCUGCCAGCGGCCGCCGAGUUCCUCCCCCCGCUCCCCCUCCAGCGGGGUUUCUCCAGACGCUGCUCGGCCCUGCCGUAAAUAAUAGCGGCUCCGACGCCGAGGCUCCGGCAAAGGCGCAGCUCGCUCCCGAGCAACUCGCGGGAGCCCCGCGGGGAGCCUGUGUCCCCAUGGCGAUGCUCCUGAGACUCGGCUGCUCGCUGCUGGCCCUCAGCACCUGCCUGCUCCCGAGGGCGCGGGCGGACUGCGGCCGCGACUGCACCGCCUGCGCCUACCGCCUGGGACCCCGCGCCGGCAUCCACCCCCUGGCAUGUACACUAGAAUGUGAAGGAAAGCUGCCUUCUGCCAAAGCCUGGGAGACCUGCAAGGAGCUCCUGCAACUGGCAAGGCUGGAUCUUUCUGAGGAUGGCAACAUUUCUCCAGGAGAGAAGAAAGAGCUGGAUGAGAACCAUUUGCUUGCAAAGAAGUACGGAGGCUUCAUGAAAAGAUACGGGGGGUUCAUGAAGAAAAUGGAUGAGCUCUACCAGGUAGAACCGGAGGAUGAAGCUAAUGGAGGAGAAGUCCUGGCUAAGAGGUAUGGAGGGUUUAUGAAGAAAGACUCGGAUGACGAUGCCCUUGCUAAUUCCUCUGAUCUGCUGAAGGAGCUCCUAGGAACAGGGGAUAACCCUGAAGCAGGGCAUUACCGAGAGAUAAAUGAAAACGACGGGGAUGUCAGCAAAAGAUAUGGAGGCUUCAUGAGAAGCAUAAAGCGCAGCCCCGAAUUGGAAGGUGACGCCAAAGAGCUGCAAAAGAGAUACGGUGGUUUCAUGAGAAGAGUGGGCAGACCAGAAUGGUGGCUGGAUUACCAGAAACGAUACGGUGGGUUUCUUAAGCGCUUUGCCGACUCCAUUCUCCCUUCAGAAGAAGAUGGGGAAACUUAUUCCAAAGAGGUCCCAGAGAUGGAAAAGAGAUAUGGUGGAUUUAUGAGAUUUUAACACCUUUCCCUUUAUCCCUUUUGUCCUAAAUGAGAAAGACUGCCUUAUUGGUCAUAACUUAUUGUAACGUGUUGCUUGUACUGUACAGUUUUUUACUGUCCUUGGUUAAUGAUGCAACCUGCGAUUUGUUGUUUCAGGUUCUGUGUUCUUUCAAGUCAAAUGACUAAUUUCUGUUUUAGUCAAGUUUCAGUCUGUAUUGUAGUUUCCAUGCUAGAACUACUUUGAUUACUGUAUUCAUUUUCUUCAAAAAGAAAGUACAUCUACAGUAGAGUUGCUUAACUGUAUAUACAAUAAAUUCUUCAUCCUAACUGCAUAAA